GCGCUGUGCAUAGCCCGAGGACGUGCAUUGGAACUGCUUAAGAAAACCCAUGAUACCACUGGGAAUAACUGUAUUGUAUGUCCAAAUCUGCAUCUUCAUCUUCUCCAAGUCCAAGGGGUUCUUCUUCAAUUAUUGUGGACGUGAAAUGUUGGCUCCCUGAUGACAAUACUCCCUCGGAAUGGACAAAAGACAGAGAAUUUCAUGAUUGCAAGGAGAAAAAGGUUUGGGAUGGACCCAUAAUGACCAAAACUGGUAGAACAUUGAGAAAUAUAAAAUACAGGAAAGUGGUGGAGAAUGUGAGAUGUAAAAAACAAUUGUUCACACCUGAAAUUAAGAAGGUUCUGAAGGAGUGGCUUGUGAGAAGAAGGAAACAUCCAUAUCCCAGCAGAAAUGAGAAGAAAGAACUUGCUUUACAAACAGGACUAACCUAUAUGCAGAUAUGCAACUGGUUUGCCAACUGGAGGAGGAAAUUGCGUCAAAACUCCCCAGGGGAGGGCUGGGGUCAUCUGAUCACAGGGUACAAUCAUCAAGUCCGAGGCAAAAGUAACUGUGAACAAUUCAGCAUCUCAUCCAGGGACAGCAUCUGGGAUGAGACUGACUACAAGUUGCAGCAUCGACCUCUCUCAGGAUCCAACCAAGAAUCCUCUCCGACAUCGAGGGUAGACCCAAUCAACAACAAUGAUAAUUGCUGGAGUGAAUCACUGUCUACAGAGAAACCAGUGACGUCAGCUCUGGUCAAGUGGUUGGAGAGCGCCGCAAGGUUCCGUCCUAGACUCUCCUCAAGCCCCAACCUCCACUGCUGGGGAGGAUGUCCUCCCUUGGCCGCCAGGAAGCCUCGUAGACCCCGGGGCAGACUCAGGACCAGAGGAAGGCACAGAGAGGAGUUGGAUGCUGCAGAGGCUCUAACCUUCCUCAGUAUGUCUGCAGUACACUCAAGCUGAAGUGGACUGAUGUGUUUGUAUUGUAUCUUUGACUUUGUAUAUAAGUAGCCCAUAUAUCCCAUUCCCAUGUAAAAUUUAUAAUUAGGUUUACAUGAAUAGACAGUAGGAGUAGAGUGUCCCGUUAUUCCAAACUGUCUGGGACCGAUCCCUACUUGCAUCAAUGGAAAUUCAGCAUAAGCGGAUUUUAUAAUGUCAACGUAUCAUUAGCAAAAUUGGUUCACGUUUGUGUAGUUCUGUUCGCAAAUGAUGUUGGUGUUAUAGCCAUGAUAACGAGAGAUGAUGAAGUUAUUGCAGCCUAAGUAAGAGAUAAUAACAAAGUUGCCGCAAUCACAGGAAUCGAUGAAAAUGUUGCUGCAAUAUUUUAGUGUAUUGAAAUAUCCUCUGUUGCUUAUAGAGACAUCACUAACCUAUAUUCACCACUGUUUGCAAUGUUUGCGGCAACAUUACAAAAAUUGACGACUUGUGUGGUAUCACUGAAUUUGUCACUGUUGUGGAGAUAUCACUAGCAUUUUCAAUGUUCGCAACAUCACCACUUGAUUCUAGGAAAUUUCAGGCAACAUCACUAACAUCGCCAACAUUCAUGGCAACAUAGAUAGCCUUGCUAACAUUUGUGAAAUCAUUGCUGGAUUCUUCAACCCACUGAUAUUGCUAACAUUGCCAAUAACACAUCAAUAUCGCUAGCUUUGGGCAAUAUUACUUGCUCCUUCGACUUUCAAGGUGACAUAGUAAGUGUCAUACCAACGCCAUAAAAAAUUUAAUAAUUUCAAAUUAACGAUUAGUAUUUUUACUGUUUUUCCAAUAACUUUAGAAUGUGCAGCGAAAUAUUAGGGUACAGUAUAGAGUAGCGGAACUUUGCUGUAUUUAAAUUGAACCACCAACAGAGGCACUGGUGUACUUUAUAAAUAAAUAUAACUUUAUUAGUUUUGUAAUUUUGAAUUUCUCAUUAUAUAGUUAGUCAUGAUAAGUUUGAGCUUAAUAUGUAAUAGAUAAUUUUUAUUUUAUUGUUGAGUAAGUCUAGUCUUGUACAUAAAGUACUUAUUAAGUGAAGUUUCUUUACUUAUUUAGUUUGAUUAUUGUGUGGUGAAGUUCAAUAGGGUGAUUAUCAAUAAAAUAUUCUGAUCCCAA